CUUUCAGCGCACCAAACCUUUACCCGCUUCCCUCUCUGGUAUAUAUGUUCAGACUCUCUGCGCGCCUUUCACCGGCUAGGAUGAAGCGGACGCCGGAGAAUUACUCCUGUCAUUUCAACAUGUGGCGGUUGGGAAUGAUCGUUGACACCCUGAUUUGGUGUUGAAUGAUCGGAGGGACUGCAAGGCGGCGAAGGGAUUUCACACCGAGCUGAUUUUGGCUGUCUGGAGAUGAGUGCGGGGCUCAGGAUGUGCCUGCAUGAUGCCACCCCGUCUCUAGGCCCUCCCUAAUCCUGCUGUGACGACACAGAUGAUCCCCCUCCAGUCCCAGGACACCUCAGUGCUACACAUUUGGCUCCUUGACUCAUCCGGCUCAUCCUCUGCAGCUAUCAGCCACUGAUCAGUCCAAACUCACUCUCUCUAUUGGGGAUUUCCUUUUCCAGACUCUUGUUUCAGACCAGGAUUAUCAACGGAUCUGAUGCUGAAUCCUGAUACGCCAUCUGAGUUUGUUGUGGGUAUGUGACGGAAAUGUCAAAAGUCAUCCACAGUCAAAUGUGACAAGAGCUUUUCGGACACUCCUCAUUCCUCUCCUUAAUGGGUAUUUUCUUUGUUGGUUGGAAGCCAAAGCCAUAGCACGACUGUUGCUGGGAAAUAACUCCUUGUUAUGAGGGGUUCUGAGGCCAAAAAGACUGAAAGCUACAGCUGUUUUCAUGCUCAGUUUGUCUGCUGUACACCUGGGCUGUGGCAGGAAAGAUUUUCCCAUGUGUGAGUUUUAAUGUAAGGUUUUAGAGGCUGUGAUACAGGAAGGACUGCUGUGUCCUGAGGCCGAAAAGUUUGGCACAAUCUGUAGAGUUUUUCUAUUUUCGUUGCCUGGUCUAAGCUGCCCAGUCCGGAGCAGCGUGCUUUCCAGAUGCUGCCAUGCCCAUCAUCAGCAACGCGAACCAUGACUUCAGCAAUCUGUCCGUCAGCGAUGACAGCAGUCUCGACCGCAUCUUCACAGAGAUCCCUGAGACUGAGACCAUCAAGGGUGUGUACUACAAGAGGGCUCAGUUCAUCCGUCGUCCAGAGGACCUGGUGUCCGUCGACCAUGCCAUGUUGGCGGUGAUCAACGUCGGGGGAAACCGCUACACCUUCCCCUGGAGCACCCUGGAGCAGUUCCCUCUAACACGACUUGGCCGCCUCUGUGGCUGCCGAUCACUUGAGGACAUCGCCAGCGUCUGCGACGACUAUGAUGAAGCCCGCAAGGAGUUCUUCUUCGACCGCUCGCCAUCGGCCUUUAGGGUCAUUCUCAACUUCCUGGCAGCGGGGAAGCUGCGCCUGCUGCGGGAGAUGUGCGUCCUCUCCCUGCAUGAUGAGCUCACCUACUGGGGUGUGGAGAUGGCGUACAUGGAGCGCUGCUGUAAGAGGAAGAUGUACACACGUGUUGAGGAGGUGCACGAGCUGGAGCGGCGCGAGGAGGAGCGCAGGCAGAGAAAUGCAAUGCAGCGUGUGCCAGUGGAGGAGACAAGGUACCGGAAGGUGAUGAACUGGCUGAGAGAUAUGGUGGAGAAUCCACAGUCUGGCUUACCGGGGAAGAUCUUUGCCUGCCUGUCAGUGAUCAUGGUUGCAGUGACUGUCAUCAGCUUGUGUAUCAGCACCAUGCCAGACCUCAGAGAGGAAGAGGACAGGGGUGAGUGUUCCUCCAAGUGCUACAACAUGUUCAUUAUAGAGACGGUGUGUGUGGCCUGGUUCUCCCUGGAGUUCAUCCUGCGGUUCAUUCAAGCCCGCAGUAAGCUGGACUUCCUCCGUGGGCCGCUCAACAUCAUCGACGCCAUGGCCAUUCUUCCAUACUACGUCUCCCUGGUGGUGUCGGAGGAGGACCCGAACCUGGAGCACGAGAGGCCGGGAGGAGGUAAGGGCUACUUGGACAAGCUGGGUCUGGUGUUGAGGAUUCUGCGGGCGCUGAGGAUUCUCUAUGUGAUGCGGCUGGCUCGCCACUCUCUGGGCCUGCAGACGCUGGGGCUGACGGUCAGGCGCAGCACCCGGGAGUUUGGUCUGCUCUUGCUUUUUCUCUGUGUGGCCGUCACCCUCUUCUCUCCACUGGUCCACUUGGCUGAGAGCGAGCUCACAGGUACCCAUGACUUCAGCAGCAUCCCCGCCUCCUACUGGUGGGCCAUCAUCUCCAUGACAACCGUGGGCUACGGCGACAUGGUGCCCAGGUCCAUUCCGGGACAGGUUGUAGCACUGAGCAGCAUCCUCAGUGGGAUCCUCAUCAUGGCCUUCCCUGCUACCUCCAUCUUCCACAUGUUUUCCCGCUCCUACCAAGAGCUCAAGAUGGAGCAUGACCGGUUGUUUAAAGAGGAGUGUGCAGCUGCUGCGGCUGCUGCUGCUGCUGCCGGGGAGCUGCAGGAAGGAGGUGAAGGAGACGGGGAGAAUUCAGCUCCACCUGGGCUGGGAUUACGUCUAGACAAGGAUAGUGUGCACUCACUGGAGUCUCUCGCUCUGUUAGGGAAGGGCAGUGAUGCUGCAGGAAAUAACAACCACAGCCUGCCGCCAGCAGCUUUCUGAACCGUACUGGCACUGACUGACUCAAUCCUAAACUUCCAAGAAGAUAUGAGUCCACUAAUCUCUGUGUUGCAUACAAAUGACUAUUGCUCCAAAGACCUCACCACUCAUAAGGUCGUGAAGGUAGCUGUGUUGCAUUGGAUAAAAGGAGAUUAAACAGACAGCUUUUGCUCGUUGGUAUGCCGAUAAGGAGCACAGGUGUGCACAGAGACUGCACAGAAACUGAAAGACUUUAAACCCUUUAAAUUGGACGGUUCAGUUUAUCUGACCAAAAAGCCUCUGCAGCAAUAUUAGUAACCAGCUGCUUCCAUAAACAUGCAAUAUUCAAUCCAAAGUUGCUUUUCCUUCCACUGUGAAAAUAUUUAAAAGCCCAACUGCAACUUUUUAGUUUUAUUCUUAUUACUUUUCAAUAUGUUGCCUACAGAAUGACCUGAAAAUGUGUCUCAUAUUGAAAACUUUUCUGUCAUGAGUUCAAAGAAGUGCUCCUCUUAGUUUAUUUUUGAGAAGCUUAAAGCCAUGUUCUGAGAAGAAAUAUAAACAAACGGAUAGUUUGGCCCAUAUAUGAUAUAUGAUAUAUAUCCAUCUCUUAUCUCUCUCAUGUAUGUUUGUAUGCUUGGACUCAAAGCGAUGAUGGUUUCUCCAUGCUCAAACAUGAACUCCAGGCGAACUGUGUGAAAAUACGGCAAAAUCCAAAUUGUUUUUUUUAAUCGGAUGAUGAAGAAGUGAGAGGAUGGAGAGAAAGAAGGCGUGUUUGUGUUGGAGAAAGAGGGUGUGUGAGUGAGAGAGAAUGAGCGCUAACAACCAUGACGUGUACUUUGCAACGCUCCAA